CACUGCAUUGCAAAGCCUGAGUGACUUGCCGAGGUCCAGACACACAAGUGAACUCCUAUGUUGCCUGAUAAACCUGACGCCUAAAAAGCGCAAAACAUUUAGGUCAACCUGACCUUCACCUAUAUUUCCACGAAACGCUUUACCAGGAAGAAGAUUAAAUCGCAGUAUCAGAAUGACGGUCCUCACUGCGAACAAGGUGUCCUGCAAAGAAAAGAUGUCUGAUGGUGCAUCUGGCGUGUUUCUGAGCUCGAACACAAAAGUCUGUGAAGUGGAACACCUCCCACAGCAGAGGGGGGCUGGACACACUCGCAAGGCAAAACUGUUGAAAGGCGUCCUCGUUGUGUCGCUAGCAAUCAAUAUUAUACUAGCUGCAUUGUAUGCAUGGCGAACUGUUCACCGCGACACGGAGGUCGGCCCCAGCGCUGAGGCUCUCGCGUCGGUGUUGAGCGACGAGGGCACGGUCUGCACGGACUGCAGGUCCCUGGGCGUUAAUCCUGAAACUUACAAGUCCGAUUUGCACGGGUUUUACCUACGUCACGUGACAGGACUAUCUGCUUUGUGUUGUCUACGAAAUGCUGAAGGAUUAUGGAGAAUCGCGUCGAUGUUCACGAACAGGUUCUACAAACACACUCAAACAGGCACAGUCCCAAGUGAAGCAUCAAAGACUACCCAAAGCACUGGAGCUCACCUAUACGUCGACAGCGAGGCACUGAAAUCUGGAACGCCUUCCUUGCAAUGGACUCAGGAGUACGGUUAUGGCUCGGCCUACAAAAGCAUCGACAUCAGUACAGAUGGCCAAAGUCUUAGCGUAACUAAACCUGGCCUUUAUCACAUAUACUCUUUCUUAACGUUAAAAACGCACCAACUACGUCGACGUCCCGAAAACUUCUUACACACCAUGAGAAGAGUCAACGCCCAUCUGCCGAAUGUGAGCCCUCUCCUGCUCAUGGCCAAGAAGACAUUACCGGAAGUCAGCGAGAGGUUCGUCACGAGUUAUCUGUCCGCUACAGUCCGACUGAGGCAGGAUGACCACGUGUCUGUAACUGCCAGCAACAUGUCACAUGUCUACCGGUAUCCGCCAUCGAAUUUCUUUGGUUUGUACUACGUUGGGGAGUGAUCAGUGCAGUAAACUCUUUGUGUAACCUG